AUGGGCCUGCACAACCCCCUGCCGUCGUCCAUGGCGUCCGAAUGCAAAAAGUGCGGCAAGAUCCUCACCUCCUUCAUCAACCCCCGCCAAGCCUUCGGACCCGACAAGGUCAUCCCGCCGUCCAUCCUCUCCAACGCCAAAGGUCUCGCCAUCAUCACCGUCCUCAAGGCUGGAUUCCUCGGGUCCGGUCGCUUCGGUUCCGGGCUGGUCGUCGCCCGUCUGCCUGACGGCUCCUGGAGUGCGCCCAGUGCGAUUGCGACGGUCGGCGGUGGCUUUGGCGGACAGAUCGGCUUCGAGUUGACCGACUUUGUCUUCAUCCUCAAUGACGCGAGCGCGGUCAAGACGUUUGCGCAGGCCGGCAGCUUGACACUGGGCGGCAACGUGAGUCUGGCCGCCGGUCCGGUCGGCAGGAAUGCCGAGGCGGCCGGCGCGGCUUCGCUCAAGGGUGUCGCCGGUGUCUUCUCGUACUCCAAGACCAAGGGCCUGUUCGCCGGUGUGUCCCUCGAGGGAGGCGGUAUCAUUGAGCGUCGCGACGCGAACGAGAAGAUGUACGGAACGAGAUACACUGCGGCGCAGCUCUUGACCGGGUCGGUGGCGCCACCACCGCAGGCGGCCCCCCUCAUGACCGUCCUCAACUCCAGAGUGUUCAGCGGCGCAAGGGUUGGAACCAUGAACGACAGCGACUCCAUGUACAACGACAUUCCCGUCUACUCAGACUCGCACGACGACGUGGUCUGGAAUGGACGCAGUGGCAGCGCAUACGGCGAGGGCGUGCGGUCCGACCGCACCGGUUCCGGGAGCGCAUACGGAGGGGACGACAGCUUCUACGCACCCAAGCGCUCGAAUACCUGGCAGGACGACAUGUACGAUCAGCCUUCUUCCGGUGGCGCAGGCGUCUCCCGAUCCAAUACGUUUGCGUCGCGCGGUAGCCGCUUUGACAACGAUUACGCGUACAGCGACCACCCGAGCCAGGCCAGCGAGAAGCGAGCUGGGCCUGGACGACCGACCGCGCCGAAGCCUCAGUUUGGUGGUAACAAGGGGUCUUCGCUGAAGCAGAACGAGGCAGUUGCCCUGUUCAACUUUGACGCCGACCAGCCCGGCGAUCUGGGCUUUAAGAAGGGCGAUGUCAUCACAGUGCUCAAGAAGACAGAGAGCACGAAUGACUGGUGGACUGGCAUGAUCGGAUCGAGGCACGGCAUCUUUCCUAGCAAUUAUGUGAAGAUGAACCCCUAG